GAACUCUUGUUCUCCAACACGCGGGACUCCAACCGAGAAGGACUACAAGGGCCAGAAUGCACAGCGCGCCUUUGGGGGCGGGGCCUGAAAGAGCGGCCUCCUUAGGACGUUACUUCCGCUACGUCCCGCGAUUCUCUUCGCUGCCCCUCAGGGCGCGUACCUUGGAGGACGUUACUCCAGACCUAAGAGAGAGUGGAUUUGGAGUUUGGGUUUUAGUGGACCUAGUUCCGCAAAACAUGGAUUCAUGUCGGCUACCGUGCACGCUCACCCAGACAAUUACGUGAAUGAGAGGAUGGAAUAGUUCCGGGCUGCAUCAUCUUAGGGAGUCAGUGGUACUUCUGGCAAGUUCUGUCUUCCCUGGCUACUAUGGUUCGUGCACUAACGCGGACCAUGUGGACUGCAGAUGAGAUUGCCCAGCUGUGUUAUGAGCACUAUAGGACCAGACUGCCCAAGCAGGGGAAACCUGACCCCAACCGUGAGUGGACGUUACUAGCAGCCGUGGUGAAGAUACAGCCUGCAGCUAACCAGGCCCAUGGCAUCACUAAUAAACCGGCACAAGUGAUGAAGGAAGUUGUCUCAAUGGGAACAGGAACGAAAUGUAUAGGCCAGUCCAAAAUGAGGAAGAGCGGAGACAUCCUCAAUGAUAGCCACGCUGAGGUCAUAGCCAGGAGGAGUUUCCAAAGGUACCUUCUCCAUCAGCUCCACUUGGCGGCCGCCCUGAAGGAGGAUAGCAUCUUUGUCCCUGGAACUCAGAGAGGGCUGUGGAAACUCAGGCCAGACCUCUCCUUUGUAUUUUUCUCCAGCCAUACACCCUGUGGGGAUGCCUCCAUCAUUCCAAUGCUCGAGUUUGAAGAUCAGCCCUGCUGUCCUGUCCGUAGGGACUGGGCCAGUAAGCCAUCAGAAGCCAGUGGUGACCUGGAAGCUCCUGAGGACACAGAGAGAUGUGAGGGCCUGUGUAGUCCUGUGACCAAAAAGAUGAGGCUUGAGCCCCGGACUCCUGACGGUGUAGCUCAACAUCAGAGUUUUGGCCAUCAGGAGAGUGGCCCAGUCACACCAGACGUCAGCGGCUCUCAUGUUACUGCACAGGAACAGGCCCCUGUCACCAGAACGGCCCCCGGUGGUGUCAAAGUGGUGGACGUUUAUAGAACCGGAGCCAAGUGUGUGCCCGGAGAAGCUGGGGACUCCCGGCAGCCUGGUGCUGCGUAUCACCAGGUGGGGCUGCUCCGAGUGAAGCCGGGCCGGGGAGACCGGACUUGCUCCCUGUCCUGCAGUGACAAGCUGGCCCGGUGGAACGUCCUCGGAUGCCAGGGGGCGCUGUUGAUGCACCUUCUAGAAGAGCCCAUCUACCUAUCAGCUGUGGUGAUUGGGAGGUGCCCAUACAGCCAGGAGGCGAUGCACAGAGCUCUGACCGGGAGGUGUUGGAACGUCUCUGCGCUACCGAAAGGCUUUGGAGUUCAAGAAAUGAAAAUACAGCAGUCUGGUUUACUGUUUGAACAGAGCCGCAGCGCAGUGCAGGCAAGAAGGGCUGAUGGCCCGGGCCGACUUGCUCCUUGUGGUGCAGCCAUCAGCUGGAGCGCAGUUCCCGAGCAGCCGCUGGAUGUCACUGCCAAUGGCUUUCCGCAGGGAACAACGAAGAAAGCCAUCAGGUGCCUUCAGGCCAGAUCCCGGAUCAGCAAAGUGGAACUCUUUAGAUCAUUCCAGAAACUGCUAAGCAGUAUUUCGGAGGACGAGUGGCCAGACUCCCUCAGGCUGCGGAAGCUGGAGACGUACCACGAGUACAAGGAGGCCGCGUCUGCUUACCAGGAAGCCUGGAGUGCGCUCCGAAAGCAGGCCUUCGGAUCUUGGAUCCGAAACCCACCCGAUUAUCACCAGUUCAAAUAAGAAGGGCAAACUGCAGCAAGCAUGUUGGUGGCAGAGUUUUCCGGCUCUUCACACUGGACCACUGCUUUCUUUUGUGCUGGACAAGACGGAGCUUUUCUUGUGGCCGAGUCAGGCAAAAGAAGAUCUGCCAUCUACCAGAGUGACCUAUCACUUCAGACAGAACUCUGGAACGCGGAACAGUCUAUCCUUGAUUGAAGUCGCUCUCUCUGCUGAAAUGGCAUCUAGCUGAUGACCUUGGCAUCUGUGCUGACUUGUGUGUGAUUGCUUCUCUAAAAUAAUGGAAUAAGAACGUGGAACGUGAUGCUUUAAAAGGACUCUGUGGUUGCUCUGUUUUGGGUGUUCUUGCUUUGAUUUGGCAAGUGUUUAUGGGGCUGAGAUGAUGUUCAGAUCUGCAAGUUUCAGUGCUUCCUUUAGUGUUGUGGACGGGUUUUCUCUACCCAGCCUUUCUUCCUGGGAGAACUACCCUUUCCUGCUCUACCCACAGCACUUGGUUGAAGCAGACCUUUCUCCCCGGCUGUGAGAGUGGGAGCCAGCCCGACAGUCCCGGAACUGCUGGGAGAGCUAGCAGGAGAGAGCCUCUCUCUGCUGUAAAGGCCACAGAGUCGUGGGACUGCCUGUGGCUGCUUUGCCACCACACAGCGAUGGGCAGCUUGAGAAUGAAGGCAGUCAAGAAGGAAAUCUGUUCCCGUGACCUUGUCUGGAUGCCACUGCUCACCUUGGACUCCCAAUCAUUUCUGCCUGAAAGCACGGGCCUAACUGCCUCGUUUUAUGGAGUUGCUGGUGCCAAGCAUUAGCUCACCGUCUGGGGAAACGAAGCUACUACGGAGAAAAUGAGCCGCCCUGGCUGCAGCGCUCGGCUUGGAAGGGAAGCAGGCCCCAUCGGACUGGGUCGUGUCUGUGGCUGGUGGAGAGCUGCCUGCACCUGGGCCUCGGCUCCGUUUGUUGGCCUGGAAGCAGUGUUCGGAGCAAACCUUCACCCAACUUUUCCAGUCUAAAACCCAGUUUCCUUGCAGGCUAGUUAAGUGGCUGAGGACAGCAUUAGAUUUUCAACCAGCCCUGUCCUCUUGGGAUGCUAUGUGGAGAGGCCAGAUGAGCUGGGAAGAGGAGGCCCCGCACAGCAGGAAGGUGACCAGGACAAGGAAGUGGCUUCUCCAUUGAAAGAUGGCGGACAUGUGCUCGCUCGCAAGGGCUCGGCCAGUUCUCACAGAUACAAAGCCAGCUAUCCUGAAGGUUAGCUGAGGUGGGACACAGAAAGAGUCAAGAAAGCAGAUACGUUGAAGGAAACUUGACUUUCCAGAAAGAAUUCUUUUUGUACCACAUGCUGAAGAAUCGUAGUUGGCCUUCAUCUCUCAUAAAACGUGAAUCCCUUUAAACCUAAAUGUGUCUGUACUGCGGUUAAGACGGACUUCCUGGAAGGCUGUCCACAUGGAUCCAAAACAAAUCUUAAGUAGUACUUGUGGUCCAAAAAGGGGAGGAAAAUCUGCAGAGACAGACUCCUCGGCUGCAGGCAAGGUUGCAUGCGUUCAGUUUUUAGUUCUUAAAAUCCCAAAACUAACCAACGGGGAUAGGACUCAAAGAAUGGUUGUUGCCUGGUGGGGGGAGAAGCAGGAUGGACAUUGAGUGGAAAAGGGCCUAAGGGGACUUCCUAGGAUUGUGGAAAUUUUGAUAGAAGUGUUGAUUACAUGGGUGUAAACAUUUGUCAAAAUUUAUUAAACUCUGCCCUGAAGAUCUGUGCAUUUUAUUCUACGCCAUUAUACCUCAACUUAAACAUGUAGAAACAAAUAAACCCUAGUCCUAUUA